AUGCGUGCCAAAUCAUUGCCGAGCUUCGCUCUUCUCCUCUCCAUCCUUGUGCUCUUGAUCAGCUUCUCGCGGCGGAUAAAACCAGCCGCAGCGGCCGGGUCAGAGACGGGUGGGUGCGAGGUCAGCAGCCGCUGCGGAGAUGCUGUAGACAUUAGCGACCCCUUCUGGCUCAGUGGGGGUGAUGCAUUCUGUGGCGAUCCCGCUUUUGAAGUCGAGUGCAGAGGUGGUCUCCCCAUUCUGGCGAACUCCUUGGGAGGAGGGUCGUACUUUAUCAAACAGAUCUUCCACCGUAACAAGUCAUUGUUGGUUGCCAACACCCAAUUCGCCCGCGGCGACUGCCCGAUCCCCCACGACGAUUCCCAGUUAGGACUCCAUGAUCACGUCGACCAUCACUUCACAAUCAGCACCGCCAACAAAGUGCUCUUCUUGUUUCGUAACUGCUCGGAAAUCCCACCCGAGGAUCACGAAAGGAUACGGUGCGCUAAUGAUACUUUCGCUGAACUCGGUGAAAGCUAUGACUACUCAAAGCCGCCGAAUUGGUCGAGCGAGUGUGAGGUGGUCAAUGCACCGGUUUUCCCGUAUGGUGCAGAGGAAGAGAGUGGACGUACCAACUACGAGGAUCUCCUCAAGAACGGAUUUCUGGUGGAGUGGUGGUCGAACCCUGAAGACUGUGAGGAAUGCAGAGAGAGCGGCGGGAAGUGCGGGUCUGAUAACGAAACAGGGGACUUCGUCUGUCACUGCCCACGAGGAUGGGAUGAACCCAGCAGUUGCGGAAAAUUCCAUAAUUUCCAUAAGAAGUGGAUUGCGAUAGGUCCAGUGGUAGGAUUGGUGAGCUUCCUGUUGGUGUGUGCUGCAUUGUUCUUCUAUGCGCAAAAAAGAUUUGAUAUCUCUGACAUAUUUCUGAAUAAAUCAGAUAACACACGAAACAUAGAAGCCUUUUUAGAUAAUUAUGGAUCCUUGGCCCCCAAAAGAUACAAGUAUUCUGAUCUUAAAAGCAUGACAAAAUCUUUUCAUGAGAAACUAGGGGCAGGUGGAUACGGAAGUGUGUUUAAAGGUACACUUGAAGAUGGCCGUUUGGUGGCUGUGAAGAUGUUGAUGAGCGAGUCCAAAGAGAAUGGUGCAGAAUUCAUGAAUGAAGUCGCAAGCAUCGGUAGGACGUCGCAUGUUAACAUUGUUAGUCUGCUUGGCUUUUGUUUAGAUGGUCACAGAAGAGCUCUGAUUUAUGAAUUCAUGGCCAAUGGAUCUCUGGAGAAGUACAUCUUUUCGGAUAAGCCAAAGGCAACUCUUCCUUGGGGCAAAUUAUUUCAAGUAGCAGUUGGCGUCGCGCGGGGGCUCGAGUACUUGCAUCGUGGAUGCAACUCUCGCAUAGUACAUUUUGACAUCAAGCCUCACAACAUUCUACUGGAUGAGGAUUUUUCCCCCAAGAUAUCUGACUUUGGCUUAGCUAGAUUGUGCUCUCAGAAGGAAUCCAUACUCUCGGUGGCAGAUGCAAGAGGAACAGCAGGGUACAUUGCACCCGAAGUGUUCUGUAGGAGUGUAGGAGUGGCUUCAACCAAAUCCGAUGUCUACAGUUACGGAAUGAUGAUCCUGGAAAUGGUUGGAGGAAGAAAGAAUGUAAAAGCACACGCAGAUAGGACCAGUGAGGUGUACUUUCCUCACUGGGUUUACGACCAUGUCGAUCGAGGUGGAGAUCUUCGAGCUUAUGACGUGACAGCUGAAACAGGGGAAAUCGCAAGGAAGAUGAUAUUAGUCGGAUUGUGGUGCAUACAGAUGGUGCCAGCGAAUCGUCCUUCGAUGAGCAAGGUUGUAGAAAUGUUGGAAGGAAGAAUCAGCGACAUAGAAAAGCCACCAAAACCAUAUCUUUCUUCUCCUCCUGGAUCGGUCGUCAACACUUCAUCCUAGUCUAAACCAGAAGAGGAAAUUGGUUUCCUUUGUCUUGUGAUGUUCUUGUGUACAUCCGCAACGACCGAAGCAUAUAGAUCUUUGGUGAUGCAGCAGAUGAGAUCAAACAUGAAGAUUGAAGGUGGAUGUGCCAUGACUGGUGAAGUUUCUAUGAACAUCGUCUCCUCUGCAAUAGAUAAUACAUGUAUGGAAAACCUCAGAGCAUUCCUCUGAUAUUAUUAUAUUUGGAUGUUUGUUGCUGAUAGA